AUGCGUAUCGCCCGCGUUUCUUCCCCCGCAGAAUGCGGAGCACCUGCUGUCGCUCGGCGCGCUGCAGCUGCUGCUGCCGCCGCUCGCGCAGGACAGCAUGGCGUCCGUGCAAUCCGCUGCGACGCUGUCGCUGGGCCGCCUGGCAAAUGUGUCGCACACGUAGUCGCACCACCUCGUGCAGCGCAACGUGUCGCCUUCCCUCGUCGUUCCCUCUUCUUCUCUUCCUCUACCUCCCAGCAGCACCAAUCGACAUCACAAGCGCGCAGCAGCAUAUCUAGUCACGCCACGCCGAUAUCUAGUGCCGUGCUGCGCCACUCUGGCGCUGAGCUGGCAGAGGCGGGCGUGCUGCCGUUGCUGACGGAAUGCCUUCCGGAUGCCAUGCUGGCAGUGCGGGAGACUGCUGCGUGCGCAUUGGGCCACGUGGCGAAGCACAGCGGUGACAUGGCGAUGAGGGUUGCAGGACGAGGCUGUGGCGCGGAUAGCCCUCUCAGUGGCAACGUGACGCCCCACUCGCUGCUGCGGCUGCAUGCUACGGCCUUGGCAGAUGCGGGCGGCAUUACUGCCGUCAUCUCUCUGUUGGGAUCACCUGACGUCAAGACAAGGCGUCAGCUGCCGUCAACGGUGCACGUGAUCAAGAACAAAAACACGGGAGCAGCCAUUCUCGAGGCAGCAACGAAGCUGGAGGCUACCCACAUGGUGCUCGCUUCCUCAGCCGGCAAGGGCGCCAGCCAGUGGCAUACCAUCAACGCGUGUUCAGAUGAGACGAAACUGCCGCCCGGAGCAACGCUCUUCAUCAUAGAGGACGGCAAGAAGCUCAAAUCCAUCUCCUGA